CCACCACAUUCAUACUCAUACCUCUACCUCUCCUACAUAUCACGAUUAGAAUACGAUACUCUCGCGUUUUAUAUUUUCGACAAUAUCAACGAUACGCUUGAGCUGGAUGCUGUCUCAUUCGCGCACUCUACAGCCUGAGAGCUGAACGGCCGGCCCCGCAGCCCCGUGGCUACUACAUCACACGCCAUCAUGAGGACUCCCAGGGUCUUCCUUCUCCUUGCCUUCGUCCUCGUAUCUUUCACGCUUCUGAUAUUAUCCUUACAAUCUUCUUCUAAACCCAUCGAACAUACCGAAAACCAGGCGAAAGCUGAUAAUAGCGGGGUGCUCAGCACCUUCUCAUUCAACACGCCACUGUCGCUCUUCCCACCGAAUGCUAUCAUUAGCUUGACCGACGACAAUACGACUUCUUUCCUUGCUCGACCUGCGGCAUUUGGACCUCCUCUACCAACUACAGGUUUGAGCGGCCAGCUCUGGGUCGGGAGUGGAUUUGGCGACGACAGUCUCCGACAUGGCAUUAUAUCAACGGGCGGGGAAGGCGAGCUGGGCUGCAGCGACGUCAUGCCCGAGGGAAAUAACAUUGUCGCGCGACCCCUCGACAAUUUGUUAACAUCUACCACACCGCAUAACAGACACAGAAGGAAUGCGGCAAGAAGUGCCGCAGCGGACGAUGGAACUGAUGACAACCGUUAUAACACGGCGUCUGACGCCACGGUCGACCGGCGGAUGGUCUCUGGCUGGCCACUCAAGAGCAGCACGAACUCCGGCGCCAGCCAUGCCGAUAUCCAAUCUAUCCAGGAAAGCGCUGAAAUUGCAGGAAAGGUCGUCAUGCUGAGCAGAGGCGGCUGUGGGUUCCUCGAGAAAGUCGAAUGGGCACAACGAAGAGGUGGUAUAGCUGUUAUCGUGGCGGAUGAUACCCGUGGAGGCCCAUUAAUCCAAAUGUAUGCUCGCGGCGAUACGUCAAACGUUACCAUUCCGUCUGUAUUUACAUCGCAUACGACCGCCCACCUUUUAUCGUCUUUGAUUCCUCCCGGUACAUAUAUCGAGGAUGCAACCAACGAAGACGGGAAUUCAAUGCUCAAGGUUAAACACUCCAAGAAAUCAAAGCGAAAGAAGAAGAAGGCAUCGAAACAGCGCAAGUCUAGAAAGGGAUCGACUGGUGCGGUGCCAAAGGGUUAUACUGUUUCCUCAAAAAUGUCGACUGAGCCCGCCGUGGCACAGUCGCGACGUGACUCUUGGCUCGGGCGCCUGCUCUGGGGCUCCAAGCCAAGUCAGCCUGCCAAGAAAGAUUUUCUGGAUUGGGUCGUAGUUGAUGAGUGGGAUGACCAGAAAGUCCCCAUUACAGGUUCAAAGGCAGACACCAAGGGCAAAGUAGCCUCGAAAGCUACUCCCAAGGACAAUUUCGUUGGUGUCGAUGACUGGAGGGACCCCGACUUUAUUAAAAACGCUGGCGCCGACAACUCGAAACCACGUGAAGAAGCACAAGAAAGUUCUGGCCAAGUUCAAAACAAGUCUCCCAUUGAAAGGUUAUAUACUCCUUCUGCUAACAUCGAAGAGAAAAAUCCAAAAUCCGACCAGAAGACCGAAAAUCUUAGUGCCGAAAACCCUGGCCUAUCUUCUAAGUUAUUUGGCGAUGAUGAUGAAAAUGACAUCAAAGGAACCGGCAUGGAAAGCGAAGAUGACGACGGUGGACCUGACUACGACAAUGCACAUGAGGGCCUAUGGGUAACUUUGACCCGAACUAGCGGGGCUACUCCAUUCUUCGAUACUCUACUAGUGCUCGUUGUUAGCCCACUCGUUACUCUGACAGUAGUCUACACCCUUCUGCUCGUCAGGUCGCGGAUUCGACAACGCCGAUGGCGCGCUCCCAAGUCUGUGGUUGAGAGGCUCCCAGUACGCACGUAUCGGACGAUCCCUACAACUUCCAGCAACCAGUCACGGCAACCCUCACCUUCAAGUUCGUCACCGACAACCCCUCUACUCCAGCGAUCGCCUACUAGUUCGCGGCCGCGUUCUAGAACAACCUCUACUCUCCCUGAAUCGGCAAUCGUAUCUCGAACGAAUUCAGACGAGUUGGUAACGCCCAAACCACGUCGCGCAAACGAGCAUGAGAAGAAGGGCGACUGGAAAAAGUAUAUGGGUAGGCAGAUUGAGUGCGUGGUGUGUCUUGAGGAAUACGUCGAUGGCGUAAGCAGGGUUAUGAGUCUCCCCUGCGGCCACGAGUUCCACGUUGAUUGCAUUACCCCAUGGCUCACUACGCGCCGCCGGACAUGUCCGAUCUGCAAAGGCGACGUUGUGCGAUCGCUGGCUCGAGGUGGAUCCUCCAGCUCUACCCCGCGGUACGAGCCUUACCGCGAUGACAGCGACGAGGACGAGGACGACCUGGAGUCCCAAGUGGUAAACACUUUGAACGAGUCUCCAGCCGCUGGUCGUCCAAUUUCUCCGGGAGCUACAACCGAUGCCGACGUUGAACGUGGUGUCGCUUCUCCCAUCGCCUCGCCGGCGCGAAGCUCGGGUACGAAUGGCAGCUGGCUCUCCAAUAUUGCGGCGCGGCUUGGGAUAUCGUUGUCGCCCCCAUCGUCAGAAGAAGAUCGCGCGAGGUAGAUCCUCUGCAUUAUGAUCGUAAUGAGCGUCUGGCGUUGUUCAUGUUUGUACCUACCAUUGGAGAGGAGGCUGUUCUGGUUGGCAUCGGAAGGGGAGUCUUUUGGGGGCGUUUUAUUUAUAACUUUCCGCUUAGUGGUGUCGUGCGAACCUUAGUAAUCCAUCACCAAGUAAUACAUCUCCAGGAUUAAUGGUCCGUCUGAUGAUUCUAUUGGUAUUAUAUCUGUUGAUCCUACUAUCCGUAACGUUGAUCGAUC